AGCCUAAUAUACAAUCGUGGUUACUGGAAUUAAAAAGGUAAUACGUGCCCUCAUAAGGUUGGAAGCGACCGAUAAGGUUGAACCCGACCCGAAGGCGGUUGACGUAAAGCAGCCUGCCCCUAAUUUUGUGAUUCGCUAUCAGCACUUCCGCCGGCCUCCUUUUCCGGCCACACAUAUAUUUGGAUUACCAAACAUGACCGUUUCGGAAGACGAAGACGAGCAUCUGGCUCAAUUCCUAGAAUCCGAGGUUCUAUCAGAGGUCUCCGAUGAGGAAGAUGCGAGGCCGCCGAAGAGGCUUCGGGUGGAGCAAAACGGUGUCGUUAAAUAUCCACGGAGGAUUGAUGACGGUUUCUUUAGCCUUAUUCCUCCGGAGCUUUUCCCUCACAUCCUUAAGUUUCUCUCAUCUGAGGAUCUUGUUGCUUGCUCGCUGGUCUGUAGGUUCCUAAACUUUGCAUCUUCUGAUGAAUCUCUGUGGCGUCGCCUGUACUGUAUGCGAUGGGGCAUCCUGCCAUCAACAGGAAAGCUGCGUGAUUGUGCUUGGAAGAAGCUGUAUAUUCAGCGUGAUGAAGAAGACAUGGUUGAAUUUGUUAGAAAUUGCCCGACUGAGUUCAAAGAGUACUACAUCCAGAUGCAAGUAGCAAAAAGAAGCCAAGCACCUCUUCCUUCACAGUUGAAAGAUGACUGGAUGAUUCUGGACAAAUCUGUUGCUGAUCAAGUCUCUAUAUGGAAGAAAAGCAAAGGACUAAGUGAUAAGGUGUUCUCUGAUCAUGAUUGUUCUGGAGAAAAAUGUACUUACUAUCAAAUUGGAGAUGUCUUUGUCUGUGAAAAUACUGGAUAUGUUCAUGUGUGUGAUGAUACUUGCAAGGAGGUUGUUCUUGAUCCAGACAAUGAACUCUUGGUGUGUACAAUUUCUGGGCAUUGUUUCGAUCGAUUGCUUUCCCCAUCUGAAAUUGGAGGAGACAUGGAGGAACAGCAGCAAGCGGGUGUCACUGAUGAAGCAGAGCCAUUCAUGGGAUCUGGCCGUUUUGCUCGGGCCUAUCAACUGGGUUAUAACUGUGAAGAUGAGAAAGAGCUUGAAGCAUGCCUGAGGUUCUGCUAAACCCAGUCCUAAUAUUCCCUGUAUUGCUGGAAUAUGACGUUUUAGUUGUAUUAAAUAAAUUAAAUUCUAAGAUUAAAAGGGGCUGUAGAUUAUAUAACCUUGAAAACCAUACAGCUGCCUCAUUGUGUGAUGUCUUGUAUUAGUAGUUCUGUUUAAUUCUUGUCUCAAUUACCCUUGCUCACAUUUUCA